AUGUCGUACAUGCUACCGCAUCUCCAUAAUGGCUGGCAGGUCGACCAAGCCAUCCUCUCUGAGGAGGACCGAGUGCUCGUGAUCCGUUUCGGACACGACUGGGAUCCGACGUGUAUGAAAAUGGACGAAGUUCUCUACAGCAUCGCCGAAAAGGUGAAAAACUUUGCAGUCAUCUACCUGGUGGAUAUCACAGAAGUGCCCGAUUUCAACAAGAUGUACGAGUUGUACGACCCGUGCACUGUUAUGUUCUUUUUCAGGAACAAGCACAUCAUGAUUGAUUUGGGCACUGGCAACAACAACAAGAUCAAUUGGACGAUGGAAGACAAGCAGGAGAUGAUAGACAUUGUUGAGACGGUCUACCGAGGCGCAAGGAAAGGACGAGGUCUAGUGGUCUCGCCUAAAGAUUAUUCUACAAAAUACAGAUAUUGA